CCCCGCUGCGAUCCUUUCCUUCUUCCGGCUCCUUGGUGGAACCAGGGCUGCGUCGUGUCUUACGGGAGUUGAAGGUGCUCCGGUGGGACGAGCGAGCGAGGCACCCGAUGUGGAGAGCGGGAGCGUGAAGCCCAAGGGAGGGGGGACGGACGCUGACGACGACGACGCUGGAACGACCUAGGGAGGCGCAAAAGCAGGCUAAUUCAUAACUUCCAGAACAUCUUGAGACUGAGCAUCUACCAUUAUCUUUAAAAGCUACGAAAAACCACACUAAGCUGGUUUGACACCUGACCUGUUGAAUCUCCAUGAUGCUGGGUCCUGAGGGAGGUGAAGGUUUUGUGGUCAAGCUCCGUGGCUUGCCGUGGUCUUGCUCGAUUGAGGAUGUGCAGAAUUUCCUCUCUGAAUGCAAAAUUCAUGAUGGCGCAUCAGGUGUUCAUUUCAUCUACACCAGAGAAGGCAGACAGAGUGGUGAGGCUUUUGUUGAACUUGAAUCAGAAGAUGAUGUAAAAAUGGCCUUGAAGAAAGACAGAGAAAGCAUGGGGCACCGCUAUAUUGAGGUAUUCAAGUCCCACCGAACCGAAAUGGAUUGGGUGUUGAAGCACAGUGGUCCAAACAGUGCCGAUACUGCCAACGAUGGCUUUGUGCGCCUCCGAGGACUUCCAUUUGGAUGCACAAAGGAAGAAAUUGUUCAGUUCUUCUCAGGGUUGGAAAUUAUGCCCAAUGGUAUCACUUUGCCAGUAGACCCCGAGGGCAAGAUUACAGGAGAAGCCUUUGUGCAGUUUGCUUCACAGGAAUUAGCUGAGAAGGCGCUAGGGAAGCAUAAGGAAAGAAUAGGGCACAGGUAUAUUGAAGUGUUCAAGAGCAGUCAGGAAGAAGUGAGAUCAUAUUCUGAUCCCCCUCUAAAGUUCAUGUCUGUGCAGCGGCCAGGGCCCUAUGAUCGGCCUGGCACUGCUCGGAGAUAUAUUGGCAUUGUGAAACAAGCAGGCUUUGACAGGAUGAGGUCUGGGGCCUAUAGCACAGGCUAUGGGGGCUAUGAGGAGUAUAGUGGCCUCAGCGAUAGCUAUGGUUUCACCACAGAUCUAUUUGGAAGAGAUCUCAGCUAUUGUCUGUCAGGAAUGUAUGACCACAGAUACGGAGACAGUGAGUUUGCUGUUCAGAGCACAACCGGACACUGUGUCCACAUGAGGGGGCUACCAUACAAAGCAACGGAGAAUGACAUUUAUAAUUUCUUCUCUCCACUUAACCCUGUGAGAGUACAUAUUGAGAUUGGCCCUGAUGGAAGAGUGACCGGUGAAGCAGAUGUCGAGUUUGGCACUCACGAAGAAGCCGUGGCCGCAAUGUCGAAAGACAGAGCCAACAUGCAGCAUAGAUACAUUGAGCUGUUCUUGAAUUCAACCACAGGGACCAGCAAUGGGGCAUAUAAUAGCCAAAUAAUGCAGGGCAUGGGGGUGUCAACCCAGUCUACUUACACUGGCCUUGAGAGUCAGUCUGUGAGUGGCUGUUAUGGAGCUGGCUAUAGUGGUCAGCAAAACAGCAUGGGUGGAUACGAUUAGUUUUAUAGAAAUAUUUUGAGUUAUUUCAAUCAAAUUAUCACAGGCAGCCAACAAGCAGUGGAGAGCAGUUAUUACAUAGAAGCUGUGGGACCCAUUUUGCACCAUGAGUUUUGUGAAAUCUGGAUUAAAAAAAUUACCUCUUCAGUGUUUUCUCAUGCAAACUUUCUUCUAGAAGCAUGUGAUAAAGAUAAUGAGUAAAUGAUAAACAUUUUUGGCUUUUCUCAACAUUUUUGUAGUAUACUAAAGAGUGACUCCAGAGUUAAAGUAGUUAAAUAUGUGGCUCUUUUACACCACAUUGCAGUAAACACACUGGGGAGACAUGCUUUUUUUGAAAACUCAAAAGGUGCUAGAUCCCUAAUCCAAAGAGAAACAUUUCUCAUGUUUGUUCAUUCUAGUUUGUUCUCAUUUAAAAUCUUUUAGGUUAAGUUUUAAGCUUUUAAAAAGUUAAUUUUGAAAAUUGAGACACAAUACUAAUACUGUAGGCAUUGGUGAGGCCUUGACUUAAACCUUGCUUUGUACUGUGAUUUCCUUUUGGGUGUAUUUUGCUAAGUGAAACUUGUUAACCAAAUUUUUUUCUUAAAAUAAAGACUUUUUCACAAUGA